ACCUCGCACAAUGUUGACAGUUACAGUACAUGUGGUAGCUCCAUAUGAGUUGCGUUGGAGACUUAAAGUAGUUUGUGGACAAAGCGUUGUGUUGUGUGCUGCUUUCCUGCAGUUGUAAUUCAUUUCUGCCGUGGCAAAGCGUUAUGUUGUGUGCUGCUGUACUGCAGUUGUAGUUCAUUUCUGCCGCCUGUGAGUGAUCUUCCAUUGAAUCGUAUAAUAGUAGAAAGAGAUGAAAAUCAGCCGACACAAGAAAGUUCAUAAAUACCUAAAUUUCUUCUGUAAUAAUUAUGGCUUCAGACAGCCCUACCAAAUUUUAAUCGACGGCACUAUAUGUUUCACAGCCCUGAAGAAUAAACUUAGCUUGAAAGAACAGUUACCAAAAUAUUUGGGUGGAGAUGUGAAGCUUCUGACAACCCCAUGUGUGAUUUUGGAAACAGAGAGACUUGGGCCAAAUCUAUAUGGUGCGAUGAUAAUUGUAAAGCAAUUCCCAGUUCAUAAUUGUACUCAUCAGACUAAACCUGUGUCUGGAGCAGCAUGCCUGGCAUCAAUGUUGAGAGACACAAAUCCAUCAAGGUAUAUGAUAGCUACACAGGAUAGAGAGUUGCAAGAAGUAGCUAGAAGAAUUCCAGGAACCCCACUCAUUUACUUGCACCAAAAGACUCCAACUUUGGAACAACCUUCUAAAGUAUCUAGUCAAGUUGCAGAAAUUAAUUCCAAGACAAGGUUUCUAAUUGGGCAGAAAGAUGAAGCAGUGUUGUCAGAUCUGAAGAAAAGAAAACUGGAUGAACCCGAAUCUGCUCCACAGAAAAAUAAACGUAAGAAAGGAGGACCUAAUCCCCUGUCUUGCAAAAAGAAGAAGAAAAAGUCUUCCAUAGCUACACAGAAACCAUCCACCUCAGAAAACAAACCAAAAAGAAAGAGAAAGAGAGUGAAAAUACCAAAACAUAUAAAAGAAAUGUUGUUACAGACAUCAGUACAAUCAUAAGAUAUUAAAAAACUAUUUAUAUA